AGUCUGUUCACCGUCUACUCUUGUGCUUAGCCGUUGAUUUGUUUGAUCUCCACCAAGCUAGAACGUCAACAUGGUUCGUUGCUUCCAUGCCCGUGCAUCAUCCCCUUGCGUUCCUCGAGCUUCGUUUCUUCUCUUCGUCGUCCUUGGGUACAGCCUUGUCUCCUUGUCCCAGUCGUACCUGCUGAUUCCCAGUCCCCUCCUUCGAUCGCCGGUUUCCAUUCUUAGCAGCCCGCGGCAUCUCAUCUCAAGCAUCAAUCGCAUGGAGCAGGACAUGGACCGCAUGUUUGACUCUCUCCUGUCCCUCUCCGGCAGCGACGACGAAUUCUUCUCACAUCCUCUCACUCUGCGGACCAAGCACGUGAACGCGUCGGAGGUGCAUGCUGGAAGUGUGAUGAUGCCUCUCAGACCUCAGUUUGACAUCCAGUCAACGAAGGAGCACAUGCUCGUCUCUGUAGUCACUCCUGGUCUAUCCAGAGAGAACGUCUCUGUAGAGGUUGUGGAAGCAGGUGGGACCGGCUCUCCCUCCCUCCUCAUCUCAGGUCGCACGUCAUCCAAGAUGUCGGGAGAGGGAGGAAAAAUCCAGACAUCAUCCUCUUCCUCCUUUGAGAAGCGCAUUUCCCUCCCCCCGCAUACAACCCCUGAGAUGGUUGAAGCGAGGUUCGAAGAGGGGGUGCUGAAGGUGACCGUCAAGAAGCCAAAAGAGCAGCAGGAGUCUCUUCGACACAAGAUCCCACUGCUCUGACCGACAGCUUGCAAUACGUGCAGGCUGAGGCGAGUAGGAUCACAGAUGUUGUUGUAAAAUAAAGGAGAUUGAAAACA